GACGGGAGAGGGAUGGGAGAGAGAGAAAAAAAGAAGCACAACAAAUACAAACAUAUUGAAACGUGAAACCGCGACCGCGCGAUGUGCGUGUACACAUUUUGAUCAUUUUAAACGAAUAAAAUUAUUCAGUAGAACGACUGUUAUAAAUAUAAUGUGCCUGAAUAAAUAGAAAAGUGGAUCAACGAACGAACCGUUCCAAAUUAACUUCUACGCUCUGAGUACUCGACGUUAUUGUGCGAAAAAAAAACAGCUAUCGCUAGACAAGUAUGUUUUUUUGGCUGGCUUAUACACGUAAAUAGAAAAGCGUAAUAAUAUGUUAAAAACAGAAAAAAUAUGAAAAUUGCAAGACUCUUUCAUGUCAUGUAUGUGACACAAUUGUAACCGAUAAAUGAGCAUUCAGAUGUGCGAGAAAGUGUUUUUUAUCUGACAUUGAUUCGUAUGUUUUCAUAAGCUGUUUCAAAACCUUUCUCUUUUUUCCAGUUUCACCCACGCAUCGUGUUGGCCAUACGUAUAUACGUGUGCACCACGCUACUCAGUAAAAGGAAAUAUCCGGAGGUCCUAUCGCAAUAGUUCAAUGCUUUGUAACUGUGUAGGUGGUAUUGCCUAACUCUUUUCCAUAUGAUCUCCUAAUUAACUUCAACUAUUCAGUUCGAUUUUUUCUCUAAAUAAAUAUUUAUUGAAAAAAAUUACUAGAAUAAAGCUACUAUUUUUCAUUUAACUCAUUAAGUGCUGGCAGUGAUGAUAGUUUUACAAAUGAAGUUUCUUCAAUAUCUGUCAGAUACUAAAUUUAUAAAAUAGCUCUCAACGUAAAUAUAACAAUAAAAGUCUAACAAACACAUUAGCUGAAUUCUGAGAUAUAACUAAUGAAACAAGAAAAUAAUUAUCAGCAAAAUUAAAUAAUAAAUUAUUAGGAAUUAUAAAAAUGCAUUUUUCAGUACCAGAUACUCAAGAGCUAAUUGAUGAAGCUGGAAAUGCUUAUUUAGGUUAUAAUGUGCACAUUAAUGGGUUAUUCCAUUGUACAGUCCGGUAUAAGCAGCUCCAUAAUCUACAUGAACAAUUAUCAAAAGAUAUGGAAAUACCUCUGCCACCUUUUCCUCCAAAAAAGUUUUUUCCAUUAACAGCCAAUCAGCAAGAAGAUAGGAGAUUAUUACUUGAUAAAUAUAUUCAAACAAUUGGUCAAAAUACAACUAUCAAUAGUACAGAACUGCUCAAUGGUUUUCUAUUAAAUGCUCAGUUGGAAGGUGCAGUGUAUCCGAUUGAAGAUGAAAAUUUAGACAUAUUCUUUAUGAAUGGGUCACAGGUCAACUUGAAUGUAACUCAAGCUGAAAACUCUGGUAAAAUUUUAAGGAAAGUAUGCAAACAUAUUAAAUUAGAUGAUAAAUUCCAUCAAUAUUUUUCUUUAUUCAUUGUUUACCAAGAUGAGGGGAAUUUUGUUGUCAUACGAAAGCUGGAAGAAUUUGAGUCUCCGAUUAUAACACAAAGGAACAUGCAUAAAAUUGAGACAAGAAUAAUUUUAGGGAAGUGGUACUGGAAUAUUGAAUUUGAUUUAGAUUUACUUCAAGAUUCAAUAGCUUCAAAUUUAUUGUACAACCAAGCAGUAGCUGAAGUAGAAAGAGGAUGGGUUCUUACAUCAGAAGAAAUUCAUCAAAAUUUGAAAAUUCUAAAAGAGCAAAAUCAAAAAGAUGAGUUUUUAAAAAUAGUUAGAUCACUAAGAUAUUACGGAUACAUGCAAUUUGCACCAUGUAUGUGUGAUUAUCCUCAACCUGGUUCAAAAGUCUUAGUAUCAAUAGGAAAAAAUGAAUUGAAUGUAAGGAUAACAUCACAUGAAAGUAAUCAAGAAGAAAUAGGAUUUAAAGUUACCAGAAUGCGUUGUUGGCGAAUAACAACUCUUCAAGAGGGAAAUGAUAAAUAUGAAGAUAAUACUGAAUGUAAUCUUGAGUUAUCUUUUGAAUAUUUAAUGGCUAAAGACCAUCUGCAAUGGAUAACAAUAUCUUCUGAACAAGCUAUAUUAAUGUCAGUUUGUCUACAAUCAAUGAUUGAUGAGCUUCUAUUUAAAAGUGUUGGGGGUAUUAGAAACCUAGAAUUAAAAGGGAAAUCAUGGACUUAUAUAUCAAGAGAAGGCCAUAGUCGAAUUAUUACAGGUUCCCAUUCUACAGAAAACAAAAGUGUCAAGGAAAAUGACGUUACACCUCGAGUAAGAGCUGAACCAAUUAUAAGGAAAAUUACAGAAAGGUUUUCAUCUGCUAAAGUAAGAAAAUCGAGCAAUAAUAGGUCUCCAAUAGCACACCAACAGGGAAGAAGGAAUGGUGACUUAUUAGAGAAUAAUGCUUUUUGUAUGAUAGGAGACGAUGACCUUUAAAGUCAUUUACUAUUUAUAAUUAACAACGUUGCCAUAUUGAUUUAUGUUAUUUAUUGAAUAUUUCAAAAUAAUAACGUAAAAGAAUGAAACAUUACUCUACUAAAUAAUGAACUAACAUAGAUGACGAUUCGUUUAAUCCAUCAGUAUGAUUAAAUUUUUGGUUCAUGGAUUAUAGAAUGAUUUUUGUGAAACUAGUAUUAUGGGUUAUAAAAUAUCGUGAUGUGAAACGAAAACCGUCUGUAAUAUGCGAUCCGUGAAAAUGUUAUUUCCGUGAAUAUGUACGUAAAAAUAAUUACGUAAAAAAGUUCACUUAAUUGUUUCAACUAACAGAGUACUUAUGUGGAGUAUAUUUUGGCGAUAAGACAGUCAAAGCACUGGAAAUCACUAAGAUAUUUUAAUAAGAAGUUAUCAAAUUCUUCUAAUAGAUUCAUAAGAAAAAGAAAUAAUAGUGUACGUUGAUAUGCUAAUAUUGUUUGAAAACAUACUAUACGAAGACAUAUUUUUUAUAAGAAUAUUUUAAAUGCUAAUGGAGGCGUAGGUGUUUUGAUAAGUUUAAAUUAAAGUUAUACAAUUUAUUAUGCUUUGGAAAUUCUUAUUUAACAACUUUAAAUAAAAAAAUUUCUUUAACCUCAUCAAACUUAGUAACAAUAAGUAAUGUAUGUGUCAUAUGUUAUUUCCAAGUUAUAUAUUUAUAUACAUCGUAAAUUUAAAUAUUUUUAUAUAGAAUAUAAUUUUUUAAUUUGUAAGUAUAAUUCACUUCCAAAGUUAAUUUUAUAUUCUUAAAUUGAUUGAUAAAAACUCAGUGGCCAAAUAUUUAUAGGAAGGAUAAGCUAUUAUUCUAAUUUCGGACAUUAAUAAUUUUUGUUUGUAAAAAGUGUGCAUUAAAAAAUUUAUUUGAUGCAUUUUAUAUUACCUUCAUUGCAGUUCGAUUAUAGACAGAAUUCAAAUAUGAAAAAUGUUGACUUGAAAAUGUGCAUUUAAACUACCUCACUUAUAAAAAAUUAUCAAUUUAACUAAUUAUGUUUUUAUAGAUUCAAUGUUAAAAUAAGCAAUGCAUUUAUUUUGUAAAAAUAACAACCUAAAGAGAUUAAAGGAUAUGUUUACAAAAUAUGUAUUGUAAAAGCAUAAUUCGAGACAUAUCAUAAAUGUUUUUAUACAAUCUGUAAACUAUGAUGUGAUGUGUUAUCAAUGAUUAUAGAAUUUGUUAUUCAUUUAUAAAGAAUUAUAGCCAUAAUUAAGAUUAAUUUUAUGAAUCUCGAUCAAACUUAUAUUAGUUAACAUUUGCUUUACAAUAAAUUCAUGUACAUAAAUAUAACACAGUAUAUAAAUAAUA